GAGAGAGAGGAGAGAAGAGUCUCUAAUCUCCGUCGCCGGAGACGGAAACAAAAUGGCGAACAAGCUCAUCGGAGAAAUGGGUCUUCACAUCAGAAUCUCUAAUAUCUUCGCCGCAAGAAACAUCAUCACCGCCAAGGAUGCAUUAUCAAAGACGGAGUUUGAAUUAAUGGAGCUGUUAGAUGUUGGAAUGAAAGAGAUAAAAUCAGCAGUUAGGCUCAUCAGUGAAGCUACUUCUCCACCGUGUCAAUCAGCUCGAGCUUUGCUGGAGCAAAAAGUCGAAAAGGAGCACUUAUCUGGUCAUCUUCCUACCCAUUUGAAAGGGUUGGAUGAAACUUUAUGCGGUGGGAUACCUUUUGGUGUUCUUACCGAGUUAGUUGGUCCUCCUGGUAUUGGUAAAUCACAGUUUUGUAUGAAACUUGCAUUAUCAGCCUCGUUUCCAGCAGCUUAUGGAGGAUUAGAUGGUCGUGUAGUUUAUAUAGAUGUGGAGGCCAAGUUUAGUUCAAGAAGGGUGAUAGAAAUGGGUCUGGAAAGCUUCCCGGAAGUGUUUCACCUUAAAGGAAUGGCACAAGAGAUGGCAGGACGAAUCCUAGUUUUGCGGCCAACAUCUUUAGCUAACUUUACUGAAAGUAUACAAGAACUCAAGGAUUCAAUUCUUCAAAACCAAGUAAAACUUCUAGUGAUUGAUAGUAUGACAGCUCUUCUUUCAGGUGAAAACAAACAAGGAGCUCAGAGGCAGCAUCAGUUGGGUUGGCAUAUUUCUUUCUUAAAAUCGCUUGCUGAAUUUUCUCGGAUUCCUAUAGUGGUGACUAAUCAAGUUAGAUCCCAAAGCCGCGAUGAAACUAGUCAGUUUUCUUUCCAAGCUAAACUAAAAGAUGGAUUACAAGAACACACAAAGACAUAUGAUUCUCACCUUGUUGCUGCAUUGGGGAUAAAUUGGGCUCAUGCUGUAACCAUCCGGCUGGUUCUUGAAGCCAAAUCAGGUCAGAGAAUCAUCAAGGUUGCAAAGUCUCCUAUGUCGCCUCCUUUAGCCUUCCCGUUCCAUAUAACAGCAGCUGGGAUUUCAUUGUUGAGCGACAACGGAACUGAACUGAAAGGUCCAGGAAUCAAUACCAUUCAUGCUCGAGGGCACAGCGACAUGAUUGAUUUUCAUGGGGAGUGCUCGUAGCGAAGCAAAAGCAUGUUAAUACAAAAAUUCAACAGAGGGCAACAGCUUCAGCUUCAACUUCUAAAUGCUGCAAAUAACUCCAACAGUUAGCCUCUUUAGUUCAUUUCAAGUUUCUUAAGUAAAGACUAAUAAUUUAGACAGUGAUCAUAUAGGCUUCAAUGGUACUGAUACAUGCAUUCUAACUUUUUUUUUUUUUUGCUUUUGGUAAGGUUGCCUUGUUUUAGUUUUGGUUGGACCUAACUAAACUGUUGCAAUACAUAUGAGAUGGUUUAUAUUAUAAGUUCACUAUGAAGAGAAAAAUGUUUAAUCU